GCGAGUAGGUGCGAAGUGAGUAAGCCACCGCGAAACUUCUAGAAGGAUCCACAAGUUUUGUUUCUAUUUUAUGCGAUUGUUGAAUAUACCUCAUUAUGUUUGUCUAAACGAUUGAAAAAGUAAAGAAACUAAAAAAGUGCAUAUUUCCGCUAUAAUUACAACACGCAAGGUCGUAAGGGCUCCUUGAACUUUUGAAUUCGAAAGCUUUUGUAGCAUUACCGCUAGAGGUCGGUGGCAUCUUUAAAGAAAUAUUCCAAUUUAACCUGCAGAAUGAUAUAACAAAUCUUUUUUGUUUAAAUGUCACUGUCACGGCGAACAGUUCGGAUCGAAACUUGUGAAAAAGUCCAGUCAGUCGUCUCGCUUAUUCUGUUUAGUGUAAAUUCUCGGACGGGGGACUUAUAUUUUGAGUGUCAAGGCAAAGUGGCGGCGCGCGGUGAAUGAGAACUUUGACUAAAAGUUUUUCUUUUGUUUUCACUUCCGCGGUGACAGUUCCCGAGCUACGGAGGCAGAGAAAGGUGCCAGCGGAGACAUCAUCACCAGCAGCAGCUGUUGCGGACGCUGCACACGAGAACCUGUUCGCUGUCCAACUUAACAGAGUACUUACGUGAUCACAGUCUCGGGAACUCCGUUGUUAACACUGCGAGGACUCGAGGAACUCCUUUCCCACUGAUGUCUGACUUCGAGGACGAUGUGGAGGAUGCGGCGGGCGCGGAUACGGGCUCGCGGCGCGAUCAGGACCGCUACGAAAAACUGGGCUUCAGACCGCAGAAGGAGCUCCCGUGGAAUCGAUACCUGCCUUACGCGGACAAAGUGGACGCGGAGUCACAGCGUUUGCUCGCUCGCAUAAAGGCUGACUUGGCAAAGGCCCUAGCAAUGCGCGAUAUCAGCCCCGGGGUCGGAUACUGUGCGAACCGCUUGCAAAUCUAUAUUAAACUGUACGGAUUGAAGUUCUCGAAGGAGGACCACAUUUAUUUCAUAAAAGUGUUCGUGGAGCUGAUUUCCCUGCCUUUCUUGGAGCCCGCGAAAGUCAACAAAUUCUGCGUGCUCCUCUCGCAAUUAUUCAGGAAACCAUAUUACUUGUCGCCCGAUGAUUUGCAAAUUGAAUGGCGUCCGCUGUAUGAACUAUUCAUAAUUUACCUGCACAGAACAUCGUCGAAAGGAAAUUUUUAUCAAUUCUUCGCGAAGAAGACCGGGAAGGAUAAGAACAAUGAAAAAAUUGAUUUAGCGUCGUUAAUUGAACGGUUCCUUCCAUUUGCAAAGUUUGUUGGAAGCUCAUUCUUGAAUAGCAUCAUUGAUGACAUAGCCGAUAAUGACACAGACCAAUCGUUACAAUCCAGCUUGAAAUCGGUGAUACAAUCGUGUUCGGUACAUUUCCCGAAAUCCGCCACACAAGAAAUUCUAGAUGAAGUUCUUCCUAAACUACAGCCUCUCGAUACGGGCAAACCGUGUCAAGUUUUUGAAAUAUGCCACUAUUUUCUGAAUAUGUAUCAAGGAUAUGAGCUGUGGUUUGAUGAUUUCAUGAAUCUAUGGAAUACGUAUCAUAAUCCGCCUUGGAGUGAGGACAUGAUGAACAUUAUGGGCAACUUAGCUUUCGAAAAUAUCGGCAAAAUCGAUUGGGAGCCCUAUUUGCCCGUGAUGUUUGCCCGCAUCCUACGCUGGAUAGAUUUACCAGUCAGCUAUAAACACCUUAAAGUUUCACGUAAUCAAAACAUGAAUGCUGUCAGCGUUGCAAAAUGGAUUGUUGCCGUGAUUGGUCCAAAGACAUCUGGCCAGAAAUAUCUAACGAAUUUCAUAGGAACAAUAGAAUCAUAUUUGCAUCCCGCAAACUUAGGCAAAUGGAUUAAAGUGUUGGGACAACUUUUAGUUGGUUUGCCAGAGUAUUUCUCAAAACGAUUGGAAUUUGAAAGAUUUCGCAAGUGUGACUGGAUGGAUCCAGUGCCAGAUCAGUAUAAACUCACUGAGGAAUGUAUCACCGCGUUCGUGGAAAGCUUGAAGCCAGCCGCAUUUCAAACGAUGUACUCUCGGGUCGAUGGCAGUGAUGUUUAUAAAAUUUUUAAAUAUUUAUCAAAUUUACGACCAGAGCUGAUAAUUCCGGGAGUAAUUGAGCGAGUUUAUGCUAACUUAGAAGCGGUCACCGAACCACAUCGACUAACGGCAUCUUUACAGUGCCUUGUGGGCAUAUCGCGAGCAUUGAUUUGUGGUCAAAAUGGUUACACAGCGGGAAGAACGCAUGUGAUCCCAGUUUUAUAUGCAGUCUUGCCCGGUAUAGACCCAAAUGACUUGAGGAAAGCUCUUCUGACUAUGAAUUUCUACGGCGCGUUUGUGUUUCAAAUUCCCCUGAUUGAUUGUUCCAAAGCUAGCCAAUAUCAUGAACUCACUGAGGAGGAGUCGCUGAUCUGCGAACAAACUGCCGAUUUGGAGGAUUUUGUUAUGCAAUUUUUUGAUCAGUUGUUCAUCAUGAUUAAAUUCAGCACGCAGGAGAGUAUCCGCAUGGAGCAGUCGAAUACAGAUAGUAACAAGUCAAAAUACGACAUGAUUGUCGAGAAUUCAAUAUCAAGUGGACUUCAGGUGAUUCUGGGACAAAGUUCUGAAUCGAUACUUAUAUCAGCAGCGAAAAAAAUUAAUGAUUUUGUACAGUCGAAUUUGCUGGAGCCUCAUGUCGCAGCUCCACUCCUAGGAACUUUAGUAACUAGUGUAGGAGUAGUAGCUGGACCGCAUAUUUUUAAAACGCUAGUGCCUUACUUAACAGAUCGUCUAAACACUUACAUAAAGGAGCAUGAAGACGUGGCCGAAAUUGAGAAGCAAUCGGAUGACUUCCUUUACUAUUUUACGAUUUUCUAUUAUCUAUUCAAAAGUGAUCCAAGAGAAGCUGUUAAAUAUUUAGAUGAUUGCUUGCUGCCAAUUAUAGACGCGACUUCAAAAUUCAAAUGCAAACUCACUGCGAAAAUUGUAAAUAAUUUGAUUCUGAACACUUUGUAUAAGCUCUCGGCGUUCCAAAUAUUUGAUAUAAAAAGCAUCGACUAUUCGAUUCCAUUGAGUGAGCAGCUACCCGUUCGUCAUUGGGGCAAGAGAAUGGGCUACAAGGACAAGCUCGAUUGGUUUGUCCCUGGUGAAAAAGAAAGAGCAGCUUCGGAGAAAAUUAUCCAUAGAUAUUUACCAGAAAUUUUAGAAACAUUUGAAAAAUAUAUUCGAGACGAAAUAACUUUGGACCGCGAGGAAAUUUUGAAAAAGUGCAAUAUUGUGUUGUCGUUGUUGAGUUUCUCGUAUUUCUUGCCGAAUUGGGAUGGUACCCAACUAACAGUUUCAGAUACAAUUGUGGAUGAGAAACCGCUGGAAAUAAUGCUUGGAUUUGAGAAUUUGGAGAUCAAAAUGCCUGACGGCGGGAAUAUAAGAUUGGCAGUGAUCGAUACAAUUGGACGUUUGCAGGAGAAAAUAUUAGCCACAUCAGAUGACGAUAUCCAGUCACUUAAAGCUAUAAUUUCGAUAUGGGAACGAGUGCAUAUGAGAAAAGCAUACAUAAAUUCAUUUGACAGCGAGAUAAAGUCAUACAGGCACUUGAAGCAGUUCCAAGAGUUCCGCCUAGUUAAGCAUAAAAGGAAUAUGAAGGGAGUUGUAGCUAAGAGGGUGAUGAUCCAGCAAACCUGCAGAGAUGAAAUGUCUCCACCGCCGUUUACAGACACGCAUCGUCGAAUUUUCAAAUAUUUAAUCAAGCUAGCUACGUCGCAUUACAGUGCGGUGAGGACCUUAGCGCAGAUAAAACUGUUUCACAUAAUGGUUCCGUACACAUUCAGUCAUCGCGAAAUAUUGGAUGAAAUUGUUCACUACCUCAAGCUAGAUUCGAAUGAGAAUCAUGAAGCCUUCAAAGGUGGCCUCUAUAUGCUUUUGUCAGGUCGGACAAAGUUAGUUGUCAGGCAUGACUGGCUGUGUGUGGAAAAACUAUGGCUUAAUCUGUUAAAGUCCACUCCAUCCGAGAAGCCUUCAAUUGUGCACUUGCUUGAUGCGAUCAUAUACUCAAUAUCUGAGGAGUUUAUUACGUUAACUAUAGACCUGGACAUUUCUGAUAAGAUUGUAGAUUAUGGAUUGAAAUUGGCGAAGUUGAAUGGAGUGACUAUAACUGAUGAGGACAUUGAACGAGGAAAGCAGUUGGCUUCUAGAAGAAAUACAGAAAACAUAGAUAGAUACAACCGAAUCAUAGAAACUAUCAUAAAUAUCGCUCAAAACAACUCACUGCAUUGGCGCUAUCAUUUGAUGGCUUCCACAAUGGUUCAUAUCUUGGUGCAUCCAAAACAAAAAUUCCCGCUUUGCGUCGCAAAAUAUUUCGUUCCAAACUUAGUGCAUGAUUCGAUUAAAGAACGCAAAACAACGAUGCGAAUAGUAAAUUCAAUGCUAGCACAACAGAAACGUAAGCAUGUGAAAAUGAAAGUUGACCCAUUCGAAAUAGCUGGUGUUCCGAAACCAGAAGGAAAGUUACAAUUUGGAAAUCGACCCGAUAAUCAGUGGUUGCAAUACAAUAAAGAUACAUUGCCGAAAUGCCAGGCAGACUGGGAUCAACCGCGAUAUCUACAUAAAGCCGAGGGAUUUUUUGGAUGGUCUUCAGACUUUUGGGUCUAUGCACCUUCCGAUCAGCAGCCGAAGCUGGACAGGACACGCGACGAAAUGAAUGAGAUUGAGAAAGUUUUUUAUGAUUUUUUUUCAAAUAAAGAUUUAGUGGAUAAAUUUAUAUCCUUGUGGUCGUUAGAAGAGCAGAAGGGAGGCGAGAAAUUCAAACAGUCGAGAUUUAGUCUGAUGAAGCACUUAUUCCGUUCUUUCGGUGACAUGUUUUAUUCCAAUUUUCACCCGCAUCUGGAGCGUCUGAUCAAAGAGAACAAGCUGGAGAGUAAUCAUCGUUGCGCCGCUGAAUUUCUGAGCGGUAUCAUGCGGGGGAUGAAGCAUUGGCCAUAUGAUAAAACCGAGGCGAUGUUCGCAAAGAUUACACCUCUCAUUCGAUUGGCUCUUGAUAAUAUCACUGUAGAGACUGAUGACUUUUGGGGAACGUGCUUUGCAACUGCAUCGGAGCAUAUCGAUCCGCGAAGACAGUAUUGGUUGCAUGAAGUACUAAUGGAGGAUCCAUUACGAGAGAGCACCAGCUUCGUCGAUUGUUGUCGAAUAUUCUGUUUGCAGGGACCCUUCAAUCAGCAUGUCUGGCGUAUGGAUAGUUACGCGCAUAGAUUGUUAGAAUACUUGAAACCAUUCCUAAACCAUCCAUUUCAAAAUGUGAGGAUUCGUCUGGGGAGUAUAUUGAUAAACAUAUUUGAAGCGGAUCUUCAGUUCAAGGGUGGCAACACCCCCAAGUGCCCGCGGGUUAGUGAUAUGAUUAAGGAAGUCGUGAAGAAAAUUGAGCCUCUAUAUUACGACAUGCCGUCGACAAUUUGUAUGGUUGAAGGUGCAACUGAACGGUCAGAUGUGACGACUCAAGAGCAAAAGAAAUACGAGGAAGCUGUACGGUUAUAUAAGACAAUAAGCCAAUGGAUAAUAGGAGUGAUAUCACGCAAUACCAACGGUAACGAAAUACCGUACUUUGAUCUACUUCCGUUCGCUUGUCGACUGGAAAGUUGCGAACAGGACUCCGAGUUAGCUGAUACUUCCACCACCCUCCUGGCUAUGAUUGCACAGGCACUGACAUUGCCUGAUCGCAUGGAGUAUGCCCUAAAUAAAAUCAACGAUAUUUCAAAGUCAUCGUCUUGGGGUGCUCGACUAGCGGUAAUUGAUGCAUUGCAGGUCGUCGUGUUCCACAAUAUGGCCAUUAUCCUGAGUAAACCCGAGUGGAUUGAAUAUGUCCAGGACAUCGUUUUAAGGCUUCUAGAAGAUACAAGUCUAGAGGUCCGCGAAAAGGCAGCUCAAGUGUUAGGUGGACUAUUGCAUUGUUCGUUCCUGCCUGCUACUGAUAAGUUAUUGGAACGUUUCAAGACAAAGUGCAAGACGAAAGUUGUGCGAACUACACUUAGUAGGAGAUCAUUGGCUUGCGGCCCUUCGGAGCCGGUUCGAAAUGGCAGAUCGGGCCUAGAUUCUGUGGAAGCAGAUGCGAUUCGAGUGCGUCAUACAGGUGUAUUGGGACUAUGUGCAUUUAUUUCAGCAUAUCCGUAUGAUGUUCCAGACUUUGUACCUGAUGUCUUUGAAUACCUUGGCGCACACUUGAAUGACCCUCAACCCAUUCCUUCAACCAUUCGUAAAACAGUCGGCGACUUCAAGCGAACGCAUCACGAUAAUUGGGCCAUGCAUCAAUUGAAAUUCACCGAAGACCAACUGGCAGUUCUCAGUGACCUAACGAUUCCGCCGUCGUAUUAUUCGUAAUGCGAAUUGUUCGUAGUAAUUUUGUUUUCCUGUUUUGUUAUUGUUAAAUAUAUUUAGAUAAUAAUGUAUCUUUACGGGAUAAUUACGUUUCUGGUCGCCUGCGUUAUCCAUAUGAUAUUUAUACAGGUUGGUUUUAAUACCAUCAUUAAUUUUGGUUGAGACUUGAUCACAUUUUAUUUUGUUAAGAAAGACUUCUGUAAUUUUUUUUUUUUGGUGUAUAUUAGCAUAUUUUAUACAUGACCAGGGAAAUGAGGUUCAUCUUUUCUUCCUUUCCAUUCUUUUUUUAAAGAAUUUAGUUUACCAUUUUAUUAUGAAUGUAAAGACAAUCUUUGUAAUAUGGAUGGAUGUGCUGGUAAUAUAGAAUAUUGCAAUGAAGGUUUAUA